AUAAAUUGUUUGUAAGACUAAAACACACACACACACAAAACAAGGCCAACCAGAGGCAGCCACAUAGAGGUUGGAGACAGCGGCAGCAGCUUCUUGAGUGAGUGCUUUUCUGAGGCGCUUGUCUGCCUUGAUCAAUGGCUUUGGUGGUGGUGGUUGGUAGAUUCAAGUUUAUCAUCUUUAGCAUUUUGGUGUUCUGCCUCAUCACCUUAUUUUCCUUUGCCCAAGGAAAGGAGAGGAGUAGCAACUUCUAUGAAUUCAAAUACCCAUUCAUCAAACGUGCAAGCAGUUUCUCUUCGGCGUCGUCGUCAUUGUCGAAAGGAAACGACGACGGAUUCGACUACAUAAUCGUCGGAGGUGGCACGACUGGGUGUCCCUUGGCCGCCACGCUUUCUAAAAAAUUCAGUGUCCUAGUGCUUGAAAGAGGAGGCGUUCCUUUCUCCAAUGUAAAUGUCUCCUUCUUGAAGAACUUCCACAUUGCCCUUGCGGACACUUCUCCUUCUUCUGCUUCCCAAGCGUUUGUUUCAACCGAUGGAGUCAUUAACUCUAGGGCUAGGGUUUUGGGUGGUGGUUCUUCCAUCAAUGCUGGCUUCUACACUAGAGCAAGCCCAAGGUUCAUAAAAAGAAUGAAUUGGGAUGCAAAACUUGUAAAUAAAUCGUUUCCAUGGGUUGAGAAGCAAAUAGUUCACAGGCCUAGGCUUGCGCCUUGGCAAAGAGCAUUCCGGGACAGUCUUUUGGACGUUGGUGUGUCACCUUUUAAUGGAUUUACCUACGAUCACAUCUAUGGAACCAAGGUUGGUGGGACCAUCUUCGAUAGGUUUGGUCGCCGUCACACCGCCGCCGAUCUCCUUGCUUCCGGGAACCCCCAGAAACUCACUGUCUUGGUUUAUGCCACAGUUCAAAAAGUGGUCUUUGACACCUCAGGGAAGCGUCCAAAGGCAGUGGGGGUGAUCUUCAAAGAUGAACGUGGGAAUCAACAUCAGGCACUUCUAGCAGACAAGAGAGAAAGUGAAGUGAUAAUGUCUAGCGGAGCAAUUGGAACACCUCAAAUGCUAAUGCUAAGUGGGAUCGGUCCAAAGGCUGAGCUAGAGAAGAUGAAGAUUCCAAUAGUGCUUGAGAAUGAACUUGUUGGAAAAGGCAUGGCCGAUAACCCCAUGAACUCUAUCUUUGUGCCUAGCAAUAGAAAUGUUCGUCAGUCACUUAUACAAGCCGUUGGCAUUACCAAGUUGGGUGUUUACAUUGAAGCUAGCAGUGGAUUUGGGCAGUCCCAGGACAGUAUUCACUGCCACCAUGGAAUCAUGUCAGCUGAGAUUGGGCAGCUAUCAACCAUUCCUCCAAAGCAUAGAACAGCAGAAGCAAUUGAAGCAUACAUAAGGGGCAAAAAAGAGUUGCCCCAUGAGGCAUUCAGAGGAGGCUUCAUUCUAGAAAAAAUAGCCUACCCCAUUUCCACAGGCCACAUCAGCCUCCUCAACACGAACGUUGACGACAACCCUUCCAUCACCUUCAACUACUUCAGCCACCCUUACGAUCUCAAGCGCUGCGUCGACGGCAUACAAGUGGCCAUCAAAGUGGCGCAAUCGCGACACUUCUUGAACUUCACGCAGGUCGACAAGCCGACGGUGGAGAAGGUGCUGAACAUGAGUGUGAAGGCCAAUGUCAACCUGGUACCUAGGCACCCAAACGACACCAAAUCCUUGGAGCAGUUUUGCAAGGACACUGUGAUCACUAUUUGGCACUACCAUGGAGGUUGCCAUGUUGGGAAGGUCGUUGACACCAAAUACAAGGUUCUUGGGGUUGACAGGCUUAGGGUUGUUGAUGGCUCCAUUUUCACUGAAUCUCCUGGAACUAAUCCUCAAGGCACUGUCUUGAUGAUGGGAAGGUACAUGGGAAUUAAGAUCUUGAGAGAGAGACUGGGAAGAGCCGCUGGUUUAUAAUUAGGAAUGACGAUAAGUAGAAUGUGGGGAGUGUUAGAUGAUUUUGUGGUAAUUUGAUGUAAUUUUGUUAUUUUAUAUGUUAGCAAGCAGUAAAAAAAAACAAAAAAACAAAAAAAAAAAACAAAAAAAAAAAGAGAUUGAAAGCUUGCUUUGCGGCAAUUAGUCCGAGUCCAUAGUCAUGGCCUCUUGUUUGUGUUGUAUGUGUGGUAGAUGGAAAUUAAUUUUUUAUUUCUUUUUAUUUUCUGCUGGGAAAGGAAAAAAAAAAAAAAUUGACAUUCAAGAGAAUUCUAGCUAGAGCGCUAUGAGACUCUUAUUUUGUAUCUUGUUUGUAUUAUUUGAUGUAUGUAUUAUUCAUAACUACUUCUACUGUCCUCCUUCAGAGUUUUCGAUUGUGAACGACGCCUUUUCGACUUCUCUACGUAGAUAAUUUAAUGUUAAAAAUUUCAUUUUCCCUGUGUUUGUUCUCAUCAAUUAAACGAAAUAAGAGGGGAAAAAAAGGAGUUCGC